AUGGCGAACCGCUGCGUGUUUUCGAAUCAAAAUAACUACUCAAAGCUUGAGGAAUCACUAGAAUCGAUACUGGCUGGUAAAGAUCAAGAUGUAGAGUAUGACCGCCAGAUCCUGCUACCGUAUGUGACGAAGAAGAGGGGAUCUGAUGACAAUCCAGCGGUGAUCCAGACAGCAUCCUGGUAUCUAGACUCGGUCUUGUCCGUCAGUAGCGUUCGGCUGGAGCAGUUGCGGCACGUUGCAGCCGCUUGCUUCUGGAUCGCUCAGAAGCAUCACGGACCAGUGGCCUCUGCUUCUAAGCUUAUUAAAUGUGCAAAUAGAGCCUUUAGUAAAACACAAUUAUUGAGUUCCGAAGAGGCGAUCUUAAAGAAAUUGAAAUUUCCAUCGCAACCAGUUGUACCUCAAGAUUAUAUAACUUACUUGUCUUGGUGGUUAGAUGACGCUCAUCCCGAUGAAAUUGAAAUAGCAGCGGUCUUUCUCUGUUUAUGCGGUUUAAUGGUAAAUAAAACACUCUGCAAUGAGUUACCGUCAGUAAUCGCCGCUGCUUGUGUACAAGACGCUUUACUGCUGCUGGGGAAACGGGACUUGAUGCUGCGUCUUCAGACAUGUCCAGUGUAA